AUGCUUGUGAAAGAAUCCUCAAGUUGCGUUAUUGACUUGCCUGACGAUGACCCGGAAUGCAUUGAGCGCGUUCUCGCUUUUCUUUACACCCAAGACUACAGCGAAGCCGGCCACACUAUGAAUCUCAAGGCUGAAGCAGCUUCGGACACAAGAGGUUCGUCUAAACGGAAGCCAACUUCACCGACUGAGGCUCCACGCAAGCGGAGACCAGCCCCAUUUGAUACAGAUGGUCUGACGGACACCCCGGGAACAGUGGCGGAUGAAAGCAGCUCGAACCUAUUUGCGAAUCUGCCUGCGAUCAAUCUAUCUAAAAGCGCCAAACUCGAAAGCAGCCCGCUUGAAAAGGUCUCAGUUGAGGAUGGGGUCAUAUUCAACAAUAUCGACGUUUAUAUUGCGGCUGAUAAAUUUGGAAUCGACAAAUUGUAUGCUCUGGCAGCAUCCCGGAUCUGCGAAUGGCUGAGUGCAAAUUUCACACCCGAAGGCUUUCUCGAUGCGGCACAAAAAGUCAUGAGCUCGACUCCAAAUGAUCCAACGCUCACAGAUCAUCUUGACCAACUGAUAACCGAACAUCUGUCCUUCUUCAAGAAGAACGAAGAGUUCUUUUCAUUCCUUGAUGAGUUUGGAAGACUGGGCUCAAGGAUCAUCGCGAGGAUGCUCGAGAUCAACCGGGAGCUGGUUGCUUGCCUUAGUUUAUGGAAUUCUGCGAAGGUGAGCCUCGAGCAGGGAAGAUAUUGCAUUAAAUGCCGCAAUUGGCUCAAUGGGAUCAUUGAUAUUGAUGAUGAUCAGAUCGUGGUGAAAUGUCGUUCUUGCAAAGCUAUCAAUUAG